AGUCGAGUGACGCUUGCCCUAUUGGACCGGUCCUCUUGGGAGAAGGUCUGGACGCUGCUGGGCAGGCCGCAGGGCUUACUGACAUUACAAAUGAGCAGUAUCAGCUGCUGAGUGAACAGGGAGUCAACGGCAGACAGAUCAAGAAUUCGAUCCGUUUAGCCCAAGCGCUUGCUAAGUUUCGCAAUGUAGUGACCACGCUUGAGCAUCUGCAACUGACUGUGAAGAUGCAGAUGGACCUCACAGCCGACACAGACGAGACGUGGUAG